UUAUGGAGCCGAACUUGCAAGGUGGUUAGCCGCGAGGACUAGAAGGGGGCGGGGCGGAGGAACAGCAGUUGAGAGGACAGAUCUCUAUAUUUUUCUCCAUUCAAGGCGCGAAAAUUGUGAUUAUUAGCCUCGGAAUUGCGUGAUAGACUGAGGCCAUCAUGAUAUCCACGGAGACCAAGCCAAGCCCCGCCACGGCCAGGGAGGGGCAGGUGGACAUCAGGGAGGACGAGGACCAGAGUGUCAAGCUGUCAGAGAUCGUAGAGUUGCUGCUGGCGGCCGGCUACUUCAGGGCGCGCAUCAAGGGUCUCUCCCCCUUCGACAAGAUCGUGGGCGGCAUGACCUGGUGCAUUGAGACGUGUAAUUUUGAUGUGGAUGUUGACCUUCUCUUCCAUGAAAACCUCACUAUUGGCCAGAAAAUAGCGCUGACGGAGAGGAUAGUGAGUGUGGUAAGGUCCAUGGGCUGCCCCCCCCGCCUGGAGCCCCACCAGAUCCAGGGUCUAGAUGCCAUCCAUAUUUUUCCAGUCAUCCAGUGGCUGGUGAAGAAGGCUCUGGAGACAAGGGAGGAGUUUGGGGACGAGACGAGGCAGUUUGCAGUACACGAGUUUCUGCAGCAUCACACCGACCCGCAGCAGCAGCGGCGGCAAGAGGCCCUGGGGCAUGUCGCCGCUACCCUGGCCUCUGUGCAGGCUAACUAUGGCCCCAAGAGGAGACUAAGACGCAGACCAGGGACAGCACCACCAGACACACCGGCAGCCCGCGUCCACACCACCGUGCUGGAGUAUGGGCUGUCCUCGCGCCGCCCACCCUCCCUGCAUGUCAAGCAGGGUGAUGGAAUUGACGAGGCAGAUGGCGGCAGCAGCAGUGAGCAGAUGGAGGAAGUGGAGAGACAGCUGAUGAAGACCCUGCACAUGGCUGAGGCAACAGAGGGUCGGCUCAGCGCUCAGCAGGUGGGGAGCAUUGUGAGUUCCAGGGCUCAGGAGAUUGCAGCCACAUCUCAGCACUAUUCCGACCUGCAGCAGACCAUUGUGAAUGAGGUGCUCGGGGACAGUGCCACCUCCCAGCUCCGGGCACUGGCGUCCCUGGAGCAGCAACGCACGGCACUGCAGGCCCAGCUGGCGGAGAUGGAGACAGAGAAGGCCAGGGCUGGUGUGCAGGUGAAGGAGGCGAUGGGCAGGCUGCAGGAUGCUAAGAGGGAGAGGCAGAAGGCAGAGGAGGAAAUGAGGAGUCUUGGGGUGAAGGAUGAUGCCAGCAGGAGUGCCCUGGAGGAGCUGUCCCGCCUAGUUGAGCUGAAUGAGGCGGCCCGCAAGAGGGAGACAGAAUUCAAGGACACCUGCAGGAAGGAGGCCGAGAGAAUGAAGGCUGAGAUCAGCGCCCUGCAGGCAAGAAUCACAGAGGUGGGGGAGGGGCAGGAGGAGGGGGAGAGGAGGUUGGCGGCAGAGAGGGAGCGGUGGGGGCGGGCGCGGCGGCAGCUGGCCGGCAGGACGAGGCGUGUGGAGGCCAUGCGACGACUGCUGGAUGACAGGCCGGGCCGUGCUGAGCUGUCACAGUACCAGAGGAGGUUCAUUGAGCUCUCCAACCAAGUGGCCGCCACACACCGGGAGACGCAGCAGUUCUACAACAUGUACAACACUCUGGCCGACACCAAGGUCUACAUGGAUAAGGAACUGUCCCUGCUCAACUCCAUCCUGGAUAACAUGGCUGUUGCUCUCGGUAACUCCUCCAGCAUGGACGAGUACCUACACCAGCUGGAGACCAUAGUGGAGGGCAUCAGGCAGAACAAGAUGAAGCUGGAGAGGCGCCGGACAGAGGAGAGGGCCAGGAAGACGAACCUUAGUGAGGAGUUGGCAAGACUGCAGGACCUGAACCGCCAGUAUGCCAAGACUGUACACCAGCUGGGACAGGAGAUAGCACGCUCCGAGGCCCUGCACCUCAAGCUGACUGCCGGACGAGGGUAGCCGACGAGGUGGGGUGUAGUUAGUGGUGGUCUUGGGGUCGUUAUAGUAAAUUUUGUGUAUUUUUUGGGUAAUUAAGAUAGUUUUGGGUGUUUUUGGAGUUGAUAAAGUGGUCUUGGAGUGUUUUGUUCAUACUAAUGGUGUUUUUUUGUUUUUUUUGGGGUAAUUAAAGGAGUUUUUGGGUGUUUUUAAGGUUGUCAAGUGUCUUUGGAUGUUGUGGGUUGGGAAAUUGGAAGGAUGUUAAGUUCUUUUCUGGACACAAGACACAGGUAGGUAAAGUGUAUUGAUUGACCUUAUAAAUAAUCAAAAGGUUAAGCUGCCAAGUGAAAGUAGUAAUUUGUAGUUAUUAUUAUUAUUAUUAUUAUUAUUAUUAUUAUUAUUAUUAUUAUUAUUAUUAUUGUUGUUGUUGUAGAUUUUAUGAUGUAAUGUCUUCCUAUGAUGGAUUAUUUUUAUUUACUUGUCUGUUAUUUUUUUCAUUUAUACAUAAGUGAAAAAUGAAUUACAAUGUGUGCAAUCUGAUGAGUGAUUAAUUUCAAGCCCACACACAAUUGAAUACUGGUGAUUAUAGUGAUACCAAUAAUAAUAAUACACAAAAUCA